AUGAUUAAAGGAGUAGAGGAAGAAGAGGAGGAGGAAAUCAAGGAACUAGAAGACACAAUACAAGAUGAAUGCAAAGAAAGGAGCUCGAUAGAUGAAUUCGGAUUAUCACUAAAUGCAUUGGCAGAAAAUGAUACCUACAAUACUAUCAGGAUUAAGGGAAACUGUCAAGACAAGGACCUUAUAAUUCUCAUAGAUAGUGGGAGUACCCACAGCUUCAUUAAUGAAGACAAUUACAGAGGCUACGAGUUCAAGCCUAACCUGAGGGUAUUGAAAUUAGGCAGGCAUGAUAUAGUUCUUAGUAUGGAUUGGCUGAAACAGUAUUCUCCAGUGCUUUUUGAUUUCAUCAAGCUGUGGUUGUCAUUCCAAAAAAAUGAUAGAAUGAUCGAGCUAAAGGGAAUAAUGCAUAAUUCUGACUUACACACGAUAACAGUAAUUAAGGAGCAGAGCAACUUCAAAGCUGUGACUAUAAAGGUAAUUGGUCAGUUUUUUGCUAUGAAUGUGAAAAAGGAAGAAAAGCCAACCAAGGCUGUGGUGGAAAUUGAAUCCUUGUUAAAGAAAUUUGCAGGACUUUUUGAAGAGCCACAAACUUUAUCAUCGACAAUGAGAAACAAAUUCCAUAUUCCUCUUAUAGAUGAUCUCCUUGAUGAGCUGCAUGGUUCUAAGUUGUUCUCCAAGCCAGACCUGCGAUUAGGAUAUCACCAAGUUAGACAUGGGGAGGACAUUGAAGAAACAACAUUUAUGAUGCACCAUGGGCAUUACGAGUUUAAAGUCAUGCCUUUUGGCCUCACAAAUGCCCCGACCACCUUCCAAGCAUUGAUGAAUAACAUUCUGGAACCCUUCUUGUGA